AUGACAGAGGAACCAUCAUACAUAGACUAUGAAGUCUUCCUGGACCCAGAUUUCUCCCCCUCCUCAUUUGCGAAUUCGCUCGUGGUAGCAACAAACAAUGCCACAGACACGCCACUGGACCUGUCAACUCCGCUGUCACGGGUGCUCUUUGACCUCCAGGAGAUCGACACGCACAUCCACACGCUGACGACCAGGUCGGCGCUCCCGUUACUCUCGCACACGCGGGACCAAACGGAUGCAGCAGAUCAUGUGCUCAAGGAGGCCGACGAGCAGAUUUCCUCUGUGAUGCAGGGGUAUGAGCGGUUGGAGAAGGAGGUGCUGCGGAAGUGGGAGGUGGCGGAUGAGGCCCGGGUGGCUGCGGAAAAGUCGCUGGCUACGGUGCGGUUGGCUAGGGCGGUUGCUCGCUGUCUUGCUUUGGGGAGGCAGUUGGAGGGACAGGUUGCGGAGAUUACGGGGAGGGGAGGAGGGGCAGGUGGUGGUGAUGCGGCGGCGGCGUCUGGGGCUGGUGAUUAUCGGGCAUUGGAGAGGGCGUCGUAUACGCUUUUGAAUCUACGACGGAUGUUUUCUGCUACGGGAGUGGGGGAGGAAGGGCAUGGGUUGGAUCGUGUCAAGGUGGUGCGGACGUUGCGAGGUGAAUUUGUGCAGCCGGCGGAGACUCUGGUCAAGACACGGGCGCAGCAGGCCAUCAGUCGAUUCACCAUGUCGAGCAUUUCGGCCGAUUCUCACCAAGCACAGUCGGGCUACAAGAAAGCACGAGAGGCAAGAGCGCGGUUGAUAUCUGCCGUCACCACGCUGUAUAUCCUAUCCCCCGUGCCCAAGACAGGCGUGUCAGCGUCCGAGUACCAGCCUGAACUUCUCCUCUCGAGUUUACAAGGAUACAUGCAAACCGCCAUCAACAUGUCCUUGGCAGGUGUUACCCGAGGGUUAACUAUGUUACCCACGCUCGAUCGGACCCUGACCGAUCUGUCUGGACGAUGCCAGGAUAUCGUCGCGUUGGAAGCCAUCCUCAGCAACCUCCGACCACCGUCUCAUCCCAUGUUAUCCUCGAGCAGCGACCGACCGACCGAGCAAGGCGCGACGAGCAAGAACAACAACAACAACCUCCUCCAACCACUACUCGACUCCCUGGACACGCCAUCUCUCCCGUCGUAUUUCUGGCGGACGCUAGCCUCGUCCCUGACGGCACGGGUACCGGAGAUCGUGAACCGGGGCGGGGUAUCAGCGCGGACACUGCGAUCGAAUCGGGAUCGACUACGGGCGGACAUCAAAGAGUGUGUGCUGGUAGGCUCGCAGCUCCCAGCAGCGAGCAUGGCGAUAGACCGCGGACGAGUGGAAGGGAACCGAAACUGGGAACGAGAGGCGGCGGUGAUGGUCGGUUCUGUGGUUGGGGCAUUUGAACGAUGA